AAAAGGUUGCUGGAGAGGCCGGUGCGAGCGGGAGGCCUCCUUCGUAACCGAGUGUGAAAGGGGAGAACAAUCGGGGAUGCUCAGCGGAACAGGGGAUUAGGUUCUGGCAGCACAGCUGGGAUUUUGGCGGCCAUUCCACAGCCGACAAUAGCACGCAGCCACCACCGGGACCGGACAGCGCAGGCCUGCGCUCCAGGGCCAGAAUCUGGCUUCUUGUUUGGGGGAGGAGCGGUCACAGAGCACAUCCUGGCCUUGCCACACAGAAGGUGUGUUGGGGUGACUGUCUGGCAUCACCAAGAUGACGCUCCACGCCACCCGGGCGGCUGCACUCCUCUCUUGGGUGAACAGUCUGCAUGUGGCUGAUCCUGUGGAAGCUGUGCUGCAGCUCCAGGACUGCAGCAUCUUCAUCAGGAUCAUUGACAGCAUCCUUGGCACUGAAGAAGGGCAGCAAAUCCUGCAACAGCCAGUGCCAGAGAGACUGGAUUUUGUGUGCAGUUUUCUGCAGAAAAAUCGAAAACAUCCCUCUUCACCGAGAUGCCCAGUAUCUGUGCAGAAGCUGAUGGAGGGGUCAGAGCUGGAACUGGCCAAGAUGACCAUGCUGCUGUUGUACCACUCUACCAUGAGCUCCAAAAGCCCCAGGGACUGGGACCAAUUUGAAUAUAAGAUUCAGGCGGAGUUAGCUGUCAUUCUCAAAUUUGUGCUGGACCAUGAGGAUGGACUAAAUCUUAAUGAGGAUCUAGAGAACUUCUUGCAGAAAGCUCCUGUCCCUUCCACAUGUUCCAGAACCGUCUCUGAAGAGCUCUCUCCACCCAGCCACCAGGCCAAGAGAGAGGUCUGCUUCCUAGAGCUACAGAAGGUUGCCUCCUCUUCCAGUGGGAACAACUUCCUGUCAGGUUCUCCAGCCUCCCCCAUGGGCGACAUCCUGCAGACCCCACAAUUCCAGAUGAGACGGCUGAAGAAGCAGCUUGCAGAUGAGAGAAAUAAUCGGGAUGAGCUAGAGCUGGAGUUGGCCCAGAACCGCAAACUCCUCACUGAGAAGGAUGCACAGAUAGCCAUGAUGCAGCAGCGCAUUGACCGCUUGGCUCUACUGCACGAGAAACAAGCGGCCAGCCCGCUGGAGCCCAGGGAGCUUGAGGAGCUACGUGGCAAGAAUGAGAGCCUCACCAUACGGCUGCAUGAAACUCUGAAGCAGUGCCAGGACCUGAAGACAGAGAAGAGCCAGAUGGAUCGCAAGAUUAACCAGCUCUCUGAGGAGAAUGGGGACCUUGCCUUUAAGCUGCGAGAGUUUACCAGUCACCUGCAGCAACUACAGGGUGCCCUUGAUGAAUUGACAGAGGAGCACAGCAAGGCCACUAGGGAGUGGGUGGAGAAGGAGGCCCAUCUUGAGAAGGAGCUCAGCACAGCCCUGCAAGACAAGAAAUGCCUAGAAGAGAAGAAUGAAAUCCUUCAGGGGAAACUUUCACAGAUGGAAGAACAUUUGGCCCAGCUGCAGGAGAACCCACCCCAGGAGAAGGGCGAGGUACUAGGUGACAUUUUGCAGCUAGAAUCCCUGAAGCAAGAGGCAGCCACUCUUGCUACAAACAAUGCCCAGCUCCAAGCCAGGGUAGAGGAACUGGAGACUGAGCAGGGCCAACGGGAAACCAAGCUGCUUGCUGAGCGGGAUCACUUUGAAGAAGAAAAGCAGCAGCUGGCUGGCCUGGUUGCUGAACUGCAGAGCUCCAUUUCCAACCUCAGCCAGGCCAAGGAAGAACUAGAGCAGGCUUCCCAGGCUCAGAAGGCCCACUUGACUGCCCAGGUGGCUAGUCUGACCUCCGAGCUCAACACAGUCAAUGCCACCCUCCAGCAGCAGGAUCAAGAACUGGCUGGCUUGAAGCAGCAGGUUGAAAAGGAGAAGGCCAAGCUAGCUGAGACCCUCCAACAGUACGAGCAGGCCUCCCAGGGCCUCCGCCACCAGGUGGAGCAGUUGAGCAGCAGACUGAAGCAGAAGGAGCAGCAAUUGGAAGAGGCAGCAAAGGAGCAGGAGGCAACUAGACAAGACCAUGCCCAGCAUCUGGCCACUGCUGCCAAGGAGGGAGAGGCUUUCUUAAGGGAGAGAGAUACAGCUCUCCAGAAACUGGAGGCAUUGGAGAAGGAGAAGAAUGCCAAGCUGGAGAGUCUGCAACAGCAACUUCAGGCUGCUAAUGAAGCCCGGGACAGUGCCCAGACCUCAGUGACACAGGCCCAGCGGGAAAAGGCAGAAGUGAGCCAAAAGGUGGAGGAACUCCAUGCUUGCAUUGAGAGAGCCCACCAGGAGCAGCGUGAGGCCCAGGCUCAGGUGGCAGAGCUGGAGACCCAACUGAGGUCUGAGCAGCAAAAAGCAGCUGAGAGAGAAAGAGUGGCCCAGGAGAAGGGCCAUCUCCAGGAACAGCUCCGAGCCCUUGAGGAGUCCUUGAAGAUCACCAAGGGCAGCCUUGAAGAGGAGAAGCGCCGGGCCGCAGAAGCUCUGGAGGAGCAGCAGCGUUGUAUCUCUGAGCUAGAGUCAGAGACCCGGAGACUGGAGGAGCAAUGUAAGCAGGAACAGAAGGAGUUAGAAGAAAAGACAACUGAGCGCAAUGGGCUGGAAGCCCAAUUAAAGCAGCUUAUGGAGACUCAUCAUGCUGAGACUGAAGCGCUGCGGCGGGAGCUGGCAGAGGCCAUUGCCUCUCGGUGCAGGGGCGAGAGUGAGUGUGAGCAGCUCGUUAAGGAGAUAGCUACCUGGCGUGAGCGGUAUGAGGAAAGCCAGCAAGAGGAGGCGCAGUAUGGUGCCAUGUUUCAGGAACAGCUAAUUGCUCUGAAAGAGGAAUGCGAGAAGGCCCGCCAGGAACUGCAGGAGGCAAAGGAGAAAGUGACAGGGAUAGAGGCUCACAGUGAGCUCCAGAUAAGCCGGCAGCAGAAUGAGGUAGCUCAGCUCCAUGCCAGCCUGGCUAGAGCCCUCCAGCAGGUCCAGGAGAAGGAGGUCAGGGCCCAGAAGCUUGCAGAUGACCUCUCCGUGCUGCAGGAGAAGAUGGCUGCCACCAGCAAAGAGGUGGUCCGCCUGGAGGCCUUGGUGCGCAAGGCAGGAGAGCAGGAGGAAACAGCCUCCCAUGAGCUGCGCAAGGAGCAUCCAAGGGCAGGAAACAGAGAGUCUGAGUGGGUGGAAGAGCAGCAGGGACGCCAGUUCUGCAGCACGCAGGCAGCGCUGCAGGCCAUGGAGCAUCAGACAGAGCAGAUGGGCAGUGAGCUGGAGAGGCUGCGGGCUGCACUAAUAGAGAGCCAGGGUCAGCAGCAGGAGGAACGUGGGCAGCAGGAGAGGGAGGUGGCGCGGCUGACCCAGGAGCGGGGCCGGGUCCAAGCAGACCUUGCCCUGGAGAAGGCGGCCAAGGCAGAGCUGGAGAUGCGGCUGCAGAAUGCCCUCAAUGAGCAGCGUGUGGAGUUUGCUUCCCUGCAAGAGGCGCUGGCCCAUGCUCUGAUGGAAAAGGAAGAGAGGAACCAGGAGCUGGCCAAGCUUCGUGGUCAGGAGGCAGCCCAGAGAACAGAGCUGAGGGAACUUCAGAGAACAGCGGAGCAACUGAAGGAACAACUGGCUAAGAAGGAGGAGUGCCAGCAGUCUCCAGGCAUGGCCAGUGGAGAAGAUGCUCAGCCUGAGGCUACUGGAAAGACAGAGGCAUUGGAUUGUGAGCUGGAAGCUCUGCGGGCAGAGGUGAGCAAGCUGGAGCAGCAGUGCCAGGAGCAUCAGGAGAAGGCCUCCAGGCUGGAGCACCGCCUAGAGUGUGAGCGGGCCUCCCAAGCCGAGCAAAACAAUACUCUGGAGACUUUGAGGGGCCAGUUAGAGGAGAAGAUCCAGGCGCUGGGGCACAAUCAGGAGGCCUUAGGCUCAGCCCAAAGGGAGUUGGCCACCCUCCGAGCCAAGGCCCAAGACCAUAGCAAGGCUGAGGAUGAGUGGAAGGCCCAGGUGGCCCGGGGCCAGCAGGAGUCUGAGAGAAAAAACAGCCUCAUCAGCAGCCUGGAGGAGGAGGUAUCCAUCCUGAACCGCCAGGUCUUGGAGAAGGAGGGUGAGAGCAAAGAGUUGAAGCAGCUGAUUAUAGCCGAGUCAGAGAAGAGCCAAAAGCUGGAAGAGAGGCUGCGCCUGCUCCAGGCAGAGACCGCCAGCAGCAGCGCCAGAGCAGCGGAGUGCAGCUCUGCUCUGCGGGAAGAGGUCCAGACUCUCCGGGAGGAAGCGGAGAAACAGCGGUUGGCUUCAGAGAACCUGCGGCAGGAGCUGGCCUCGCAGGCAGAGCGCGCGGAGGAGCUGGGCCAAGAGUUGAAGGCAUGGCAGGAGAAGUUCUUCCAGAAGGAGCAGGCCCUCUCUGCCCUGCAGCUCGAGCACACGAGCACACAGGCCCUGGUGAGUGAGCUGCUGCCUGUCAAGCACCUCUGCCAGCAGCUGCAGGCCGACCAGGCAGCUGCUGAGAAACGCCUUCGUGAGGAGCUGGAACAGAGUAAGCAGGCAGCCGGUGGGCUGCGUGCUGAGCUGUUGCGGGCGCAGCGGGAGCUUGGGGAGCUUGUGCCCCUGCGGCAGAAGGUAGCAGAGCAGGAGCGGGCAGCCCAGCAGCUGCGGGCAGAGAAGGCCAGCUAUGCAGAGCAGCUGAGCUUGCUGAAAAAGGCUCAUGGCCUGCUGGCAGAGGAGAACCGGGGCCUGGGGGAGCGGGCCAACCUUGGCCGGCAAUUUCUGGAAGUGGAGCUGGACCAGGCCCGGGAGAAAUAUGGCCAGGAAUUGGCAGCUGUGCGUGCUGAUGCUGAGACUCAUCUGGCUGAGAUGCGGCAGGAAGCACAGAGCACUGCUCGGGAGCUGGAGGUGAUGACUGCCAAGUACGAGGGUGCCAAGGUCAAGGUCCUGGAGGAGAGGCAGCGGUUCCAGGAAGAGAGGCAGAAACUCACUGCCCAGGUGGAGCAGCUAGAGCUAUUUCAGAGAGAGCAAACUAAGCAGGUGGAAGACCUGAGUAAGAAGCUAGCUGACCAUGACCAAGCCAGCAAGGCACAGCAGCAGAAGCUGAAGGCCCAGGGCAGUGAGAGUCAGCUGGAGGCCCAACGCCUUCAGGCCCAGCUCAAUGAGCUGCAGGCCCAGUUGAGACAGAAGGAGCAGGCAGCCGAGCACUACAAGCUGCAGAUGGAUAAAGCCAAGACCCACUAUGAUGCCAAGAAGCAGCAGAACCAAGAGCUGCAGGAGCAGCUGCAGGGCCUAGAACAGUUGCAGAAGGAAAACAAGGAGCUGCGGGCUGAAGCUGAGCGGCUGGGUCGUGAACUGCAACAGGCUGGGCUGAAGACCAAGGAGGCCGAACAGACCUGCCGCCACCUUACUGCCCAGGUGCGCAGCCUGGAGGCCCAGGUUGCCCAUGCUGACCAGCAGCUUCGAGACUUGGGCAAGUUCCAAGUGGCAACUGAUGCCUUAAAGAGCCGGGAACCCCAGACUAAGCCCCAGCUGGACUUGAGCAUUGACAGCCUGGAUCUGAGCUGUGAUGAGGGGACCCCACUUCCUAUGACCAGCAAGCUGCCUCGUACUCAGCCAGAUGGUACCAGCAUCCCUGGAGAGCCAGCCUCACCCAUCUCCCAGCGCCUACCCCGCAAGGUAGAAUCCUUGGAGAGUCUCUACUUCACACCCAUCCCUGCUCGGGGUCAGGCCCCCCUGGAGAGCAGCCUGGACUCCCUAGGGGAUGUCUUCCUGGACUCUGGCCGUAAGACCCGCUCUGCUCGUCGGCGUACCACACAAAUCAUCAACAUCACCAUGACCAAGAAGCUAGAUGUGGAGGAGCCAGACAGUGCCAACUCAUCCUUCUAUAGCACGCAGUCUGCCCCUGUGUCCCAGGCCAGCCUGCGAGCUACCUCCUCUACCCAGUCUCUAGCCCGCCUGGGUUCUCCUGAUGAUGGCAACUCCGCUCUGCUCAGCCUGCCUGGCUACCGGCCCACCACUCGCAGCUCUGCUCGCCGUUCCCAGGCGGGGGUGUCCAGUGGGGCCCCUCCAGGAAGGAACAGCUUCUACAUGGGCACUUGCCAGGAUGAGCCAGAGCAGCUGGAUGACUGGAAUCGCAUUGCAGAAUUGCAGCAGCGCAAUCGAGUAUGCCCCCCACACCUGAAGACCUGCUAUCCCCUGGAGUCCAGGCCUUCCCUGAGCCUGGUUGCCAUCACAGAUGAGGAGAUGAAAACUGGUGAUCCCCGGGAAACCCUGCGCCGAGCCAGCAUGCAGCCAGUUCAGAUAGCUGAGGGUGCUGGCAUCACCACCCGGCAGCAGCGCAAACGGGUCUCCUCAGAGCCCCACCAGGGCCCUGGCACCCCUGAGUCUAAGAAGGCCACCAGCUGUUUCCCACGCCCUAUGACGCCCCGUGACCGACAUGAAGGGCGCAAGCAGAACACUACGGAGGCCCAGAAGAAAACAGCUCCAGCUGUGGUUAAACAGGCUGACCGGCGUCAGUCAAUGGCCUUCAGCAUCCUCAACACACCGAAGAAGCUUGGGAAUAGCCUUCUGCGGAGGGGGGCCUCAAAGAAGGCCCCGUCCAAGGCAUCCCCCAAUACCCGCAGUGGAACCCGCCGAUCUCCUCGCAUUGCCACCACCUCAGCAAGCGCUGCUGCUGCCACUCCCCGGGCCAAGGGCAAGGCAAAGCACUAAAGGGCCAGUAGCAGUGAGUGGCCCCAUCUGUGUCCCUGAUGCUGACCUUACCUGGUCCUACUCCUGUCCCUCUCAGUGCCUUCUCUCAGCUCCAGUAGGCCAGUGGUGGCCAAACCCUUAGUGAUGCCUGCCCAUACCCUGGCCUGGUACCUGGACCUUCACCAGCGCGGCCUCCAGGCCCUUUCCCUACCUUGCCUCCUGAUUUUUUUCUUAAAGCAGUCACUUCUCCAUCAGAACCAGAUUUCAGGUUGGCUUUGAGUGGCUGGGUUGUUGGGUCUGGCCUGUCUUCCACUCAGCCUCUGGAUCUAGAAGGGACCAUUGGAGGAGCAGGCCCUGGUUCCUACUGCUCUUGGUGAUGGGGCCUAGCAGAGACCCCCUGCUAUUGAAGUCCAGGACUCGGCACUGACCUAUGGGAACUUCCCAUUCCCAAGGACAGAGUUAUACAGAGGAUGUUCUUUUUCCAGGACCGAUGGACCCUGGGCCUCGGGUAGGGUGGGGCAGCCUUCGGCUGGGUGGGAUAUGGAGUGAUGGGAAUGUUUUUUAAGGCCAGGGAUGGAUCUUUUCUAAAUAUUAUUACUUGUAAAUAAAGUCUAUUUUUUCUCCCUUGA